AUGGCCGCCAUCGCUCUGAUGAGCCUCAUGCAGAGGACCGACCCCUUGGCAAAUGAGCUGGACCGUCGGUUGACCAGCGAUAUCACUUUGGAUAUCAACCCGCUCCCCAGGGCCCAACGGCAGGGCCUUAUUGCCGUCUCCGCCUUCUCUCCUCUCAUCACCUACCGAUUACUCUUCUGGAGAGGAAAUUACCAAAGAUACAUCGGUUACAACCAGUAUAUUGUCCUGAUUUACAAUCUGAUUCUCGCGGAUUUCCAACAAUCCCUGGCCUUCCUGAUUUGCCUCAAAUGGAUCGCCACCGACAAGAUCUCAUCUGGCACUGCCGGAUGCUUCCUGCAGGGUCUUUGGCUUCAGAUUGGUGAUCCCGGAUCCGGUCUGUUUGUGCUUGCUAUCGCCUUCCACACUUUCCUGCUUGUCGUCUGGGGCAAGAAAUUGUCUCACAGAACCUUCUGCUGGUUUGUCAUCGGUGUUUGGGCCUUCAUUGCCCUCAUGGUGAUCAUUCCUCUGGGCAUGUACGGAGCCGACGUCUUCAUUCCCUCGGGCGCCUGGUGCUGGAUCAGCGAGGAGUAUGAGACUGUUCGUCUGUGGACUCAUUAUAUCUGGAUUUUCCUUGCUGAAUUCGGAACUGUAUGCCUGUACGCCAUCAUGUACUUCCAACUUCGUCGACAGAUUGCCGCCUCAGCUAUUCUCGGAAACAGCCAGCUGGAGAGUCUGAAGCGAUUGCGACGAGUGGUCGGAUACAUGACUAUCUAUCCCAUCGUUUACAUCGUCCUAUCACUGCCACUUGCUGCUGGUCGUAUGGCUACAGCUAACAGCAGUACUCCUCCCAUCACAUUCUUCUGCUGCGCCGGUGCUAUCAUGACCAGCUCCGGACUUGUCGAUGUGACUCUCUACACCCUUACCCGUCGCGCUCUCAUUGUCGACUCCGAGCCCAGCCACGAUCGCUCCUACAACAAGUUCGCCAGCAGCAAAGGACGCGACAACCACCUCACAACCAUCACCGCCGAUCCCGCCAAUCGCAAGAUGGGCCUCAGCCACGAGACCAUCGUUGAGCGGGAGGGCUCGACCGACAACAUCGUGCAGCCGGGUGUCGAAAUGCACCCAAUGGGCAAGGUGUACCAGGAGACAACUAUCGAGAUUACAACCGAACCGGCAUAUGCCGGCGAAGGCUCCAGCGAGCGCUCGAGCAAAGACGACUUCCAGAAGGACGAGUUCAAUGAAGGUCCAUCGCGAACGAUGUGGCGACGAUGA